AUGCGUGUGCACACCCUGCUGCUGCUGUGCCUCGCGGCGGCGGCGGCGGCUCCUGCGUCCGCCGCCAAGAAGUGCGGCGUGCGCAACCGCAACAAGCCGUGUGCCGACCGGCGCGCCUGCUGCAACAAGAAGGGCUACUGCGGCAAGAGCGCACCAUACUGCGCUGCCAUCAACUGCGUGAGCGGCCCUUGCCAGACCUGGGAGGACGCAAUCCAGACCAACGAGCGGCCCAUCCCCUCCUACCCGGUCCAGUUCAAUGUGCUGGCGUAUGAUGACACAAAGGCUGUGCUGGCUGCGCUCAAGGCUGCGUCGGCGGCCGCCGCCCGCUUGGGCGUCCCAAAGACCGGCAUGGGCAACGAGGGGCAGGCAGGGGUGGCGGUGCUGCUGCCAGCCGGGCGGUACCGCAUCACUCAGUUCAUCGAGCUCACACAGAGCAAUGUGGCGGUCCGCGGCGAAGGGGUGGACAAGACGGUGCUCUACUUCCCCCGUGCGUUGCAGCACGUCUAUGGCAACCUGAUGGCUUGGAGCUACAUGGGCGGCUUCCUCACGUGCCGCGGCCGGCGGUACGACAGCGCCGUCACGCAGUUCCAGCUGGCUCGCGUGACUGGCGCCGCACGCAAGGGCGACCGCCGCCUGUCGGUGGACACCACCCGCGGCAUCACAGCUGGCCGCUGGAUCCGCCUGUAUGCCACCAAGCCGCUGGCCACCGGCCCGCGGCGGCAGCUGCUGGGGGAGGAGCAGGAGGGGCGUGAGCGGGUGAAGGUGCAGGUGGAGCCUUGGGAGGCAGAGGCCGAAAUGGAGCUGUGGGAGGAGGAGGAGGAGCCGCAGCCGCAGCCCAUCUCCCGCCGCCAGCUCACCGAGAAGCAGCAGGCAACCUCGGAGGACGAUGGUGGCAGCAGCAGCGGCAGCAGCAAGAAGAAGGGCAGCAAGCGCAGGAUGUGCGGUAGGAAGGGCGAUCGCCACCGGUGCCGGCGCAUCAGAAAGGCGAUGAAGGAGUGGGAGAAGGAGGCAGAGGCGCUGGGCCUGGGCCAGCCAGAGGUGCCAGGUGCCAGCAGCAGCGGUGAGGAGGGGGACGAGCAGGGAGGCGAGAAGGCUCCCGCCACCUCGGCGGCAGGCACCCUGGACGCAUACAUCUUUUUCAACAAUGCUGUGGACAGCGGCAAAUCCCCAUUCGGCGGCGAGCGCAUCCGCUUCAUCUCCAGGGUAUCUGCGGUAGGCAGCGGCUGGAUCGAGCUGGAGCGACCGUUGCCAUACGAUCUCAGGCCUGAGUGGCAGGUGGCUGUCUAUUCGUUUGAGCACUCUGUGCAGCACGUGGGGUAUGAGGAUUUCACUGUGGAGUUUCAGUGGGACACCUACCCCGCCCACUUUGGCGCCAAGGGGUACAAUGCCUUCCGGUUCCAGUCCUGCGCCAACGCCUGGAUCCGAAACGUGCGCAUCAUUGAUGCCGACAACGGGGCAGAGUCCAUCAACUGUGACCUCAUCACCAUGCAAAACAUCACCCUUGAGUUUACGCGGAACAGGGGCAACAAGGGCGUCGGUUACAGCAGCGGCCACCACGGCCUGUGGGCUGCCGCCAGCAGCCUGGUUCACUUCACAGACCUCACGUUCAAGGGCCGCUUCAUUCACGACCUCACCCUGGACGUGUGGAGCCAGGAGUGCGCCUACACCAACAGCCGGGGAGUGGACAUGAGCAUGGACAUGCACAGAGGAGGCGUGCACAACAACCUUUGGAGCAACAUUGAUGUGGGGCUGGGGUCCCGCACCUUCCAGAGCAGCGGCGCCGCCAGCAAGGGAGCACACGCAGCUGCCAACAACACUUGGUGGAACAUCUAUGCCAGCUCUCGCCCUACCGCCAGCCUGGCCAUCCCCGACUGCGGCUACGGUCCCCUGCUCAACUAUGUGGGCGGGUUUGGGCCUCCCGCCAAGGGCGCCGCCGGCAUCGCUGGCCCGGGCUCUCCCGCUGGCACCCCCACCCCCCUCUUCCCGGCCUACUGCACUCCGGGAGUGGCGUGGUGGGUGGAGCAGAAGCGGGCUGGGGCCGCCCUGUCUCCGCCAGACCUCUUCCCUGCAAUGGUGGCCACGCGCCAGCAGCGCCUGGCCAUCCCAGCCGUCCGCCGGCCCAAGAACUAG